AUGGUUUUGAAGCUCCACGGAAGCAGCCUUGCGACAUGCACUCGUCGUGUCGCGGUUAUCCUGCACGAGAAACAGGUUCCCUAUGAAUUAAUCGAAGUAAACUGGGCUGUUGGAGAGCACAAGUCCGCGGCAUGGAAGCAAUAUCAGCCAUUCGGUCAAAUUCCCUACCUCGAUGAUGAUGGAUUCAUCUUGUUUGAAUCUCGUGCCAUCGCCAAGUACAUCGCGACCAAAUACGCGUCGUCCGGCACUCCGCUCCUCCCUUCCAAAAACGACUUGCAGACGCUAGCGCUCAUUGAUCAAGGCGCAAGCAUUGAGAAUAACAACUUCAACCCGAGCGCAGAGGGUUUGACCUGGGAACUCAUGUUCAAGAAACUGAAGGGCGAGGAAACUGACCCCAAGGCUGUUGAGAAUUUCGAAAAUACGCUGCAGGCAAAGAUGGAGGGCUUCGAAGCCGUUCUCAGCAGGCAGAAGUAUAUCGGCGGUAAUGAGUUGACCUAUGUCGACUUCCUCUUUUGCCCUUAUGGAGAGGCCAUCACCGCGUUGGGUUACGACUACUUGACGAAUGAAACCAAAUAUCCUCAUGUGGCUCACUGGUGGAAGGAAAUCUCAUCGCGAGAUUCUUGGCAGGCAGUGAAGGAUGGUGCGAAGGGGUUACCUGCUUGA